AUGGUAGCCUCCGAGCUCACCGUCCGCCUCUCCGAGCACUUUGGUGCCUACAUCGCGUGCGACCCUGCGCUGCUCACCGAAGCCACCUCGAUCUGCAAGCACUACGGUGUCACCCCCGAAGACCUCUUCUACAAAUGGGAGGCCUUCGCCAUCAACAACCAUCUGCCCAAGUCGGAACCUCUGACCAUCGAUCAUGCGAGAGAGCUGCGGAAGAUCAUCGCUGCUGCCGUCAACGCCAAUGCGGCGGCGAGCGUUGCGGGUGGCGGUGGUGAACAUGCACAGACACCGCUCAAGCCGUCGAGCGCGCUCAACAGGGGUAGGAUCGCAGGCGACUUCACUGCCAUGCUGGGGAUCAAGUCGACUCCCAACAAGACCGCUCCUGCUUCGAACGUUGGCAGUGUGUUUCAGACUCCCGUGAGGUCGGCCAGCGCCAGCAUCAACUCUCCCUUUGGAGGCCCCGGUGCUACUCCGGCCAGCGCUUCGGCGUACAAGCCGACAUCAGCCGGUGUUCGAGACGCUGACGUACACAUGUCCGACAUCGAUUCCCCUCUUCGACCUGCCAACAACAACACUUCAGCUUCCACCUCCAAACACGCCCAAUUUUCGAUCCUCGAAUCGCUCAACGAACACAUCCCGCUCACCGGAUCCGGCAGCCAACUCGCCGCCUCCAGCGGCAAAAAGACAUCCCGCGUCUCCCUCGCCAUGGCCACCGACCCGAAAGCCUGGAACUACCGCUACAUGUUCGAGAAGAAAGGCGAGCGCUCCCAGGUGCUCGACGAUCGGAUCGACGACUAUGCGGGUAUCCUUCGCAGCGCCUACUCGAUCGACGAGUCGGAAGAGUUGGGCGAUCCGAGCUUGCCCUCCCAAGAACCGAUCUGGGUUGUCGGUCGGGUUUGCCCUGCUCUACCUGCACCUGAGAGCUCGGCGGGUCAGACGCUGCGUGCCAAGUUUGCUUCCCGAUCUAAAACUACGGACAACACCGACGACGCGGUCGCGUUCGGUCUACCCAAGUUGUCCGAGACAGGUCUCGUACUCGAAUCAUCGCGCAUGAUGGGCUCGGGCAACCGCACACCCAUCCACUUCAACAAAGGCUGCAUCGUACGACACACACCGCAGGAUCCGGGCACCGGUGGUGCGGCCACCACGUUGAGCCUCUUCCCCGGCCAGAUCGUGCUCUGCAAAGGCAUCAACGCGGGAGCGGACAAGUUCAGCAUCGACGAGAUCUGCUUCCCGCCCCCGCUGCCCCUGGCGGUGCACACCGUGGAGGAGGCGAUGGACCACAGCUACGCCAAGCACAAGCUGGACGGCAGGCCGAUGAACAUCGUUGCUGCGUGCGGGCCGUUCACGGACGAAGGGGAUUUGGAGUUCAAGCCGUGGCACAGGUUUAUGGAUUCGCUGGAAUCGGGCGGAUUGCCGUUUUCAGAGUUGGAUGCAACGAGGAGGGGUGUUCCGGAUACGCUGAUCCUGAUGGGACCCUUCAUCUCGGUGAAGCAUGCGAAGUUGGCGUUCAGCGACGAGAUGCCGGCGGAGAUGUUCAAGAGACACUUUGGGACGAGGUUGGAGAGGCUCGGGGAGAAGUACCCAGGGAUGGGGGUGGUGGUGGUGAGCAGUACGGAGGAUGUGUUGAACGUGCAUGCGAGUUAUCCGCAGCCCGGGUUUGGCAAGGAAGAAGUCGAGGGGAUGGGGUUGAAGCGGAAGGGGGUUAGGUGUUUGCCCAACCCGAGCGUGUUCUACAUCAACGAGCUCGUCGUCGGCGUUACGACGGUCGACAGUCUCGGAGACGUCAAGAGCGAAGAGAUGGUUACUCGAAUCGAAGCCGCUGCCGCACAAACCGGCACGGUGGGCGAGAGCGUAGCGAGCAAGAACAAGGAGACCAACACCCGCUGGAGUCGAUCCAUCCUCUCCCAGCGCACCUUCUACCCCGUCUUUCCCCCACCGACAACUUCCGGUUUGAGCUACGAUACCUCUCACUCGCACCUGCUCCAGUUCCCCGCCGUGACGCCCGAUCUGCUGGUGUUGCCUAGCCGGAAAACCAAGCCGUUCAUCAGAGUGGUCAACAGCGCUACCGUUGUCCAGCCGGGCAGCGUGGCCGAGACGGGCAGUGUGGUCUGCAUUCAGGUCGCAGCCUUGCCGAGGGACGAGCUGGAAGGGAGGGACGAGAUGGAGAGCAUCAAUGCUAGGUUGUGGGACAGGGCGAGGGUGGAUGUUAUUGCUAUUUAG